UAUAUUGGUAAGUUGUCUUGGCUGCAAAACCAAAUCACACAUACCAAGUUUCUUCUUCAAUAUCUUCUUUUGUUUCAAUCUUUAUUUUCCAUAUGGUGAAACCGUGUUUCCAUGUUUCUUCCAUCUCCUGUUUCCUCUGUUGCCUCUUCGUCUCCAGCUUCUUUGUCAACAGUCUUGUGUCUCAACCAUUUCCUCGUCCGGACCAAAUUGAAAUCCUUCUGGCUUUUAAAAACGAGUUUCCAAUCCUCAAAUGCGAUUUCAGAAAGUGGCCUCACUCAAGAAUAACGACAAAAUCCUGGACCAGGAAUGACGUCAAGUCCUUUAGUGGGGUGUUUUUUGACAGUGAGACUGGUGUCGUGACGGGACUAAACGUGCGUGGUGCAUGUCUCAGUGGAACUCUCAAUGCUAAUAGUAGCCUUUUCAGAUUACACCACCUCAGGUACCUCGUUCUCUCUCACAACUACUUUGACUCGUUCCCAUUCCUCCCCCAACUUGGCAAACUCACAAACUUAGAGUCAUUGGAUCUUUCUCAUAUGGGCUUACCCGGUGAACUUCCAUCCUCCAUCAGUAGCCUAAACCGUCUAACGAAAUUGGACCUUUCAGAUAACGAGCUUACCGGCACUUUUUCCCCUCUACUCAAUCUAUCAAGGCUUUCUUUUUUAUCUCUUUCCAAUAAUCUCUUGUCUGGAAACGUCCCUUGUUCUCUACUCACCAUGCCUUUCCUGUCAACUCUUCAUCUGAGCAAUAACCAUCUCACAGACUCUCUUGAAACUAUGAAUUGCUCUUCAUCAUCUAAGCUUGAAACUAUAUACCUUAGCAAUAACCGUCUCAGUGGUCGUAUCCUAGAGCCUCUCUCAAAAUUCACCAACCUCAAGGAACUCUACCUGUCUUUUCAAAACACAACCGACCCAUUCAACUUCUUUUCCUUGGGCUUCAAGUCUUUAGAGUUACUUGAUCUUUCUGGAAAUGCUAUAUCAAGGCUUAAUCCCGGAUCACCAAAUUUGAAGGAACUAGUCUUGAAUAACUGCAACAUCGAAGAGUUCCCCACAUUUAUGAAAAAUCUAACUAAGCUGGUAAUUUUGCGCACUGUAAACAAUAGACUCAAAGGAGAGGUGCCUUAUGGAGUCUGCCUUCUUUGAGUGAAUUGUUUCUGUCUCACAACUCACUCAAUAGCUUUGAAGGAUCACCAAGAAUG